CCAUCAAGGCCAACUCAUUUCCUUUUCAUCCAUUCCGCAAUUUCAUUCCAAUCUCUUCGAAUUCCAAUUUAGUCAACUUCGUCAAACUCUCUCUUUUCUCUUACCGGAAAUGGCGGCCAUCGUCGGAGGAAUCCAUGAAUCCCAAGGUUCCGAGAACAGCCUCGAAAUCGAAGACCUCGCUCGCUUCGCCGUCCAAGAGCACAACACCAAGGAGAAUGCUGUGCUUGAGUUUGUGAGGGUUGUGAAGACCAAGCAACAAGUGGUUUCUGGCACUGUGUACUAUCUCACCAUUGAGGCCACCGAUGGGGGUCAGAAGAAGCUUUUUGAGGCCAAGGUCUGGGUUAAGCCUUGGCUCAACUUCAAGGAAGUCCAGGAAUUCAAACCCGUUGCUGACGUCUAGUUUGUUUUUCAGGCGAUAGGAGGUCUUGCAAUGUUUAAGAUUCUUCUAAAGGUCUGGGGAGCAAAGAAGAGAGACUAAAUUUGAACUGCAUAAGAAUAAUGAAGGUACCUUCAAUCUGAGUCAGAUGAAGCCUCACCUUUCUGAAUAUAUGGGUUUGUAGUAUACCAACCUUCUAUGAAUUGGGUGUACAUAUGAAUUGGGUGUACAUAUGCUAUGUUGCUGUUAGUAUUUCUUUUCUCUGUUGAUUCAAACACUAGUUACUAAGGUGUUGUUGUGUACUUGCUUUUGCAAAUCAUAUCAAUGAUACUUCCUAUCUCUUAUCUCUUUCCGCCUA